GAAACAUGUCGGACCUGCGUGCCCUGAGGAAACGUCAGCAGCUCAACAACCUGGUUGCCAUGGUGACAGAGCUGACCCGGCCGGGACUCACCGUGGUGGAUUUCUGCAGUGGUGGAGGUCAUGUGGGCAUUGUCCUGGCCCACUCUUUACCACACAGCCAGGUGAUCCUGAUAGAAAACAAGGAGGAGUCGCUGUUCAGAGCCCAGACCAGGAGCUCUGACCUGGGCCUCACCAACAUACGCUUCAUCCAGGCCAACCUGGAUUACUUCACCGGACCCUUCCACAUAGGGGUACGUUCUACUGGCAUAGACCAGGACUUCCUGUUCCUGGAGAGAUAA